AUGGCAUUGACAGCCUUUCCUAUCUCUCCCGCCAAACCCUUAACUGCCAUAACGACCAUUUCCCAAUUCCCACACAAUCCUAAAACCCUAAUUCUCCAACAAUGCAAAACCACCAGAGACCUCAACCAAGUGCAUGCCCACCUGAUCAAAACCCGCCUUCUCCUCAACCCCGCCAUCACCGAAAACUUCCUGGAAUCUGCCGCCAUACUCCUCCCUAAUGCCAUGGACUAUGCUGUCUCCAUUUUUCACAACCUCGACGAACCCGAUACUUUGGUUUAUAACAUUAUGAUAAGGAGCCUCACAUACAAGCAGUCCCCUCUUGAAGCCUUUCUUUUGUUUAAGAAAAUGCAGGAAAGCUCGGCUGAACCCGAUGAAUUCACUCUUUCUAGUAUAUUGAAGGCUUGUUCUAAACUAAGAGCAUUGAGAGAAGGAGAACAGAUUCAUGCCCACAUUGUGAAAUGUGGGUUCAAGUCAAAUGGGUUCGUUGAGAACACUUUGAUUCACAUGUAUGCAACUUGUGGGGAACUUGAGGUUGCCCGCCGUGUGUUUGAUGGAUUGCCAGAAAGGGCUCGUAUGGCGUGGAAUUCGAUGUUAGCAGGUUACAUGAAGAACAAGUGUUGGGACGAGGUGGUGAAGCUAUUCCAUGAAAUGUUGAAACUGGGUGUUGGGUUUGACGAGGUUACAUUGAUUAGUGUUUUGACAGCAUGUGGAAGACUGGCCAAUUUGGAACUGGGAGAGUGGAUUGGUGACUAUAUAGAGGCAAAUAGACUCAAGGUUAACAUUGCUUUAGUCACUUCUCUGGUUGAUAUGUAUGCUAAAUGCGGUCAGGUAGAGACUGCAAGACGAUUCUUUGAUCGAAUGGAUCGAAGAGAUGUUGUUGCUUGGAGUGCAAUGAUUUCUGGUUAUAGCCAAGCAAAUAGAUGCAGGGAGGCGCUUGAUCUGUUUCAUGACAUGCAAAAGGCAAAUGUGGAUCCCAAUGAGGUUACCAUGGUUAGUGUUCUUUAUUCGUGCGCUGUCCUUGGAGCUUUGAAAACUGGUAAAUGGGUUGAGUUUUAUAUAAAGAAGAAGAAACUGAAGCUCACUGUUAAUCUUGGAACUGCACUAAUUGAUUUCUAUGCAAAAUGUGGGUGUAUAGAUAGUUCAAUUGAAGUAUUUAAUAGGAUGCCUUCAACAAACGUCUUCUCCUGGACAGCACUAAUUCAAGGUCUUGCUAGUAAUGGACAGGGAAAAGGGGCUCUUGAAUACUUUCAAUUGAUGCAGGAGAAGAAUAUAAAACCAAAUAACGUGACUUUUAUCGCAGUUCUUUCUGCUUGUAGUCAUGCAGGUCUGGUUAAUGAGGGUCGAAACCUUUUUACCAGCAUGAUUAAAGAUUUCGGAAUUGAACCAAGGAUUGAGCACUAUGGUUCUAUGGUUGAUAUAUUGGGUCGAGCUGGGUUGAUAGAAGAGGCAUAUCAGUUCAUCAAGAGCAUGCCUAUCCAACCCAAUGCAGUUGUUUGGAGGACAUUAUUGGCUUCAUGCAGAGCACAUAAAAAUGUUGAAAUUGGUGAAGAAUCAUUAAAACACAUAAUCAGUUUGGAGACCCCUCAUAGUGGAGACUAUAUUCUGCUAUCAAAUAUUUACGCAUCAGUAGAUAGGCGCGAGGAUGCUAUUCGGGUGAGAAAUCAAAUGAGAGAAAAGGGAAUAGAGAAGGCUCCGGGAUGUAGCCUGAUUGAGUUGGAUGGAGUGAUUUAUGAGUUCUUUGCUGAGGACAAAGCAUGUCCACACUUGGAGGAGGUUUACAAUGCAACUCACGACAUGAUGAAACGGAUUAAGGAAGCUGGUUAUGUGCCCUACACAGCAGAUGCAAGACUAGAUGCAGAAGAAGAUGAUAAGGAAGCUUCAGUAUCCCACCACAGUGAGAAGUUGGCCAUUGCCUUUGGUCUUAUCAGAACACUUCCUGGAACUACACUUAGAAUAUCUAAAAAUCUUAGAGUUUGUACGGACUGCCACAAUGCAACAAAGAUGAUAUCAAAAGUAUUUAACAGACAAAUUGUUGUUAGGGAUUGGAACCGCUACCAUCAUUUCAAAGAAGGCUCAUGUUCCUGCAAUGACUAUUGGUGA